ACUCCUCUCCCUCUCGGCUCCCCCAUAUAAUCCCAACCCCGCCCGUCCUUCUCGUCAGAAUCCAAAUUAGUCACGCGACAAACUCCGGCAGCCGCCGCGCGCGCGCCACCGAGCAACGGGCCGAUAAGCUAGCUAGCCGCCGGCGGCCUCCGCGGUACAGGAAUCAACGCGCGUCCGGGCAUGGGGAACUGCCAGGCGGCGGACGCGGCGGCCGUGGUGAUCCAGCACCCGGGUGACGGCAAGGUCGAGCGCCUCCACUGGCCGGCCACCGCGGCGGACGUCAUGCGCAGGAACCCCGGCCACUACGUCGCGCUCGUCGUCCUCCAUCACGUCUCUGGCGGCGUUGACCCCGACCCCGCCGUUGUCGGAGAAGGAGGAGGUGCCAGGAUAACCAAGGUGAAGCUCCUCAAGCCCCGGGAGACGCUCCACCUCGGCCAGGUCUACCGCCUCAUCACCUCCCAAGAGGUGAGCAAGGCCGUGCAGACGAGGAGGCAGGAGAGGAGGCGCGGCUGCGACGAGGCGACCGAGCAGGAGCGGCCGCGGCUGCACCGGCGGCGGCAGCCGCCGAGGCCGAGAGGCGACAACCCAACCACCACAGCCAGCGGAGAACAGAGGCAGCCCGCCGAUCACCAGGAACGGAAGCGGCUGGAGAUGGACCGGCACCACCGGAGCAUGGCGGCCGCCCGCGGCGGAGGCAGAGGCCGGCACUGGCGCCCGGCGCUGCAGAGCAUCACAGAGUCGUCGUCGUCGGGCGGACACGCCGACUGCGAGGAUGUACUAUCUAAAUGAACCAGAAAUGGUAGGAGCGAGCUAGAAAUGUGUACAUUUUGCGAGAGGAGCAGCAAAGGCGUCGUCGCCAGAGAGUUGCCCUUUCGUUGUAGCCAUGGAACAGUGACCUGAACGUGCGUGAAAAUACAUCCAUCGGUC